AUGUCUGAAUUAUGGUACGAACGGCCUGCAAGCGAUUGGAACUCUGCGCUGCCAGUCGGAAAUGGGCGCUUAGGCGCCAUGGUGUAUGGGCGGACCAACACCGAAAUGCUGCAACUCAACGAGGACUCCGUGUGGUAUGGAGGCCCCCAAGAUCGCAACCCGCGUGAUGCGUUGGAAUACCUUCCAGAUCUAAGAGGAGCUAUCCGCGCGGGAAAUCAUGUCGAGGCUGAGAAGAUAGCCAAGCUGGCAUUCUUUGCCAACCCGAUCAGCCAGCGAAACUAUGAACCUCUCGGGAACUUGUUCUUGGACUUUGGUCAUGACCCAGAGCAGGUCACUAAUUAUCGGCGAUCACUGGGUUUAGACAGCUCCAUUUCAUAUGUCAGCUAUUAUUACCAAAGUGUUCGUCAUCAGAGAGAAAUCUUCGCCAGUUUUCCUGAUGAUGUGCUUGCAAUUCAAGUGCGUUCAUCAGUCAAAUCUGAAUUCGUCGUCCGAUUGACCCGCAUGAGCGACUUGGAAUAUGAAACGAAUGAAUGGCUAGAUGAUGUCUAUGCUACUAAUGAUUCAAUCACUAUGCAUGUUACACCUGGUGGCAAGGACAGCAACCGAGCGUGUUGUAUAGUCUCUCUUCGCUGUGAAGACAAAGACAGCACAAUCACCAGGAUUGGGAACAACCUCGUGGUAAAUUCAUGCGAUACUCUUCUGCUUAUUGCAGCACAAACGACAUUUCGCCAUGAAAAAGUAGAUCAGCAGACCCAGCAGAAUAUCAAGGAUGCCAUGAAGCUUUCCUCCGCCGAUCUUGUGAAGCGGCAUAUGGAAGACUAUUGGUCACUGUAUAAUCGAAUGGAACUAAAGCUGGGAAGCAGUUCUCCAUACAUUCCAACGGACAAGCGCCUUCAGUCAUCUCGAGACUUAGGACUCAUCGCGCUCUAUCACAAUUACAGCCGCUACCUCUUGAUAUCCGGCAGUAGGAAUGGACAUAAGCCAUUACCCGCAAACCUGCAGGGAAUCUGGAAUCCCUCUUUUCAUCCGGCAUGGGGCUCUAGAUUCACCAUCAACGUGAAUCUUCAAAUGAACUACUGGGGUGCAAACAUGUGCAAUCUCUCAGAAUGCGAGCUUCCUCUCUUCGACUUGUUGGAACGCAUGGCCAAAUUCGGAAAAGAUACGGCUCGAAUCAUGUACGGAUGUCGAGGCUGGGCAGCCCACUCCAACACGGAUAUCUGGGCUGAUACAGCACCAGUCGAUCGCUGGAUGCCGGCUAGUAUCUGGCCACUAGGUGGAGCAUGGCUUUGCUACCACAUCUGGGAACAUUACCAGUUCACUCGCGAUGAAGCCUUCCUUCGUCGCAUGUUUCCGAUCUUACGGGGGUGUGUUGAGUUUCUUCUUGACUUCUUGAUUGAAGAUUCCAAGGGGGAACAUCUUACCACCAACCCGUCUGUAUCUCCUGAGAAUUCGUUUUACGACCAGGAAGGACUAAAGGGGGUGUUAUGCGAGGGAUCGACAAUCGAUAUUCAAAUCAUUGAUGCUAUUUUCAGCGCAUUCGAGUCCUGCACUAAGACACUAAAUGUCGAGGAUACUCUUCUUUCAGCAUUACACAAUGCCAGGAAACGCCUCCCAUCAAUGCAGAUAGCUAGAGAAGGUUAUCUACAAGAAUGGGCGAACGACUACGCCGAGGUGGAGCCUGGACACCGUCACACUUCACAUCUAUGGGCCCUUCAUCCCGGAAAUGCAAUUACGCCAGCGCAAACACCUGAACUUGCAAAUGCAUGUGGAGUAGUGCUGCGUCGACGCGCAGAACACGGUGGCGGCCAUACUGGCUGGAGUCGGGCCUGGUUGAUCAAUCUGCAUGCACGCCUACUCGAAGCUGAGGAAUGUGGCAAGCAUCUGGAUUUGCUUCUGUCUAAUUCGACCUUACCCAAUCUAAUGGACAGCCAUCCUCCCUUCCAGGUCGACGGUAAUUUCGGGGGCGGGGCAGGCAUUAUUGAAAUGCUUGUUCAAUCCCAGCCUGGGGUGAUUCGCCUCCUUCCUGCGUGUCCGAGGAGCUGGACCGGGUCCAUUCGGGGUGUGCGGGCGCGCGGUGGAUUCGAGCUGCAGUUUAGUUGGGAAAAUGGCAAGGUCAUUGGUUUUGUUACCGUGAGGUCGGAGUGUGGAGAGAAGACCGUUCUUGAUUUUGGUGAGAAUGGGUCUGUGGACAUUACAGGUCGUGGGCAGCAUAGAAUCCAAGCUCGAUAG